AUGCUCAUUUACGGUGGUAGAAGUAAAUCUAUAAUUUCAGAUUCUCUUUUCGAGGAGGUGAUAGGCCAGUUGACUGCGAUCACUGCUGACACAAGCACUUCAAAUGCGUGGCUCUGUGCAGCCAAUCAAGACGCGACUCGUCUGGUACCCACUCCUACCUUUCGCCAGCCCUCGGGUGGCUCCACCCGAUUCGGGUGUGAUGGAGACGCCUUUGUAAAGAAAUUGACUGCGAUCACUGCUGACACAAGCACUUCAAAUGCGUGGCUCUGUGCAGCCAAUCAAGACGCGACUCGUCUGGUACCCACUCCUACCUUUCGCCAGCCCUCGGGUGGCUCCACCCGAUUCGGGUGUGAUGGAGACGCCUUUGUAAAGAAAGUGCGAUAA